AUGCCACUGAAGCGGAAUGAAAUUGCGAAUAGUGUCGAGACAGGGCGGAGCGCGGCGGCUGUGAAGCGUCGGCGCGAGGGGCAGCGCAGGGAGUUCUCUUCGAGUGCGCUGCACUCGACCUUUGAGGCACACGUAACAGCUGCACAGAAUGCCUUUCUGCGUGGUGACUCGCAAGCAGCUGAACAGGAGGCAGUGCAAGCGCUCCGCAUCCGGCCCACCGCGCACCUCUUUGCCUUGUUGGCUGUGAUUGCGGAGUCGAAAGGUAAGUUUGACCAGGCCAGCGACUUCCGGCUCCUUCAGGCCUUCUUGGCGCGCGACAUCGUCCUAUGGGAGGAAUUGCUACACGAUUUCAUGACACAGCAGCUCUACUACAAGUCUGUGGUUUGCCUACAGCGUAUGUCGGCACUUGAGAAGAACCAGGAGCGACACCGUGCGCUGCAGCUGCAGUUAGCAGACCUACUCAUCGGUUUGGGUGAGAUUCGAAGAGCAUUGAAUGUGCUGGUACCGUUGUGGAACAGCAGUCGGUGCUGCGACUUUGAGGUGUUCGCCAUCCUCUCGUCUUUGUACUUCCAACUUGGCAAGUGGGCGUCACUGCAGCGGCUGAUCGAGAGCAGCAUCAAACACGCCUUUCAACUACUGCCGCCGGCUGAUGCAACUGGAGCAAUAGCAACGCCCGGUGAGGCGGUGGGACACGGAGCGGAGGCAACUGUUCAAGUGAGGUCUUCCACUCCAGGUGCGGAGCAACAGCCGUCCUCACCCCUGCCGGACUCGUCGAUCUCAGGACGACAAGCUGUGAGGCGCGUGCGCUUCUUUGGCGUGGACGUCAGCGAGGGUGGCGCAGCAGCCCCCGUCACAACGGACCUCACGACCUCAGCGACGCCAAUGUCGUCGUCUCCUGCCGAGGCCACAUUAGAUGAAUUCAGCUUUGACGAUGUCAUUUCCCCUGCCUCCCCGUUCUCAGAUCUAGCGUCGCUUCAUCGCCCUAGGAAUGUAGCUGGCAGCACGGGUGUGGACCAAGGCGGCGUAGUCCACCAACUGUACGGAGAGCGGAUAGAGCUUCGAACCCAACAGGACCAGAAGAACUUUCUCACGCUAGUUAACGUCCAUGCCGAGCUGCUGAGCGAGCAAGGCAGCUUCUCUGACACCGUGCAACUGCUUCAUAUGGCGGCUGGCUGCCUCGAUGUCGACCUAAUGGAGCUUCCGCCGGACCUCCUCGUGCGGCUUGGGGUGGCAUACGCGUUCCUUGGCGGCGUCUACGAGCAACCAUGUCGCGACGUUUUUCAGCACUUGGUGGAGCACUGUUCAAUGGAGGACUAUGGUGAUGUCUUGCUGGAUGCUGCCAUGUCACUGCAGAAGGUGAGUAUGCAUGCGGAGGCGGCACAGCUGUACGUGACGCUAGCUCACUACCAUCAGUUUGUCUAUGACCGCGUUCGCAGGCAGGUGGGUGUGGCGGAGGCGGAGCUGGCGUUGAUGCAGGACACAGCUCCAUGGAAUAAGGUGCAGGCGGCCACAGACGCAUUAAAGGCGCUCAAGGCGGAGGAGGCAGACCUCAGAACAGUGCUAGCCGCGGCCCUUCAAGGGCAGGCUCAAAGCGCGUACGCGAGGGAGCUGUACGAGGAAGCAAAGGAGUACGCCGAGCGCGUACUACAGCUGGAGUCCACGCAUCUGCAGGCAAGGCUCCUGCUCGGUCGCUACUACUUCUAUCAGCGCAAGGACACAACCGCCGCUGUAGAGGUGUUGACACCGUCGAAGGACGAGCCGGCGCUCCAGCGCAUUCAGCUUGGCGUGUUUCUCGUUCACGUGUUUCAACAUGCAAAGCGCUAUGUCGAGGCGAUCGCCCUCGGCGUUUCAAUUUUUGAGCUUCUGCUGUCCAGCGAGGAGGACGGUGACACCCAAUCUGUCGCGCCUGGCACGUCAUCGCGCCGCAGUGGGGCCUCUCUUUACCUCCCAACAGUGACGCGUGCGAGUUCAGCCAUCAUACCUGCAUCGAGUCUGGCCGGAAUGGUGGGUGGGAGUGCCUCGGCUGGUGGCAGCAACGUCGCCGCACGUACCUCCUUCUCGCUAGCCGCGUCCAUCAAAGCUUCGACCUCCGUCGCACGGCAGCAGUUGUCUCGCCGCGGUCUGGAGUCUCUAACGACAACCGCCUACGGUGCCUCUGCAGCGGCGUCACUCGCCGCCGGUUGGGAUCGACGGAAGGAGGAGGGGCAGCUCAAGGACACCUCGACGAUUUUCCGUUUCAAUCGGCGACGCCGCCGCCCCACAGUGGGGAGGGGGUUAGCGAACGGGGACAUCUUGACUGAUGAAGUGCCUGAAGGACCUGCCGGAGAUGCUGCUGUGCAGGGUGAGUCAGGCGCGACUCGGCUCAAGACGGCCGAGGAGCGGCGCGCGGCUGUCAUCAGCAUGGAACCAGGCGCCUUCUGGCCUGCCGAAGAGGAGGGCGAGGGUGGUAGGGCUGAGGAUGACCAGCCGGCGUCGAGCAGGGUCAAGGCAGAGACAGACAAGAGCAGUGCGACGCAAUCCAUCAGGGAGGAGGCUGUCGAUGACGGUGGGGAGGACCGAAGCGGAGCUGAAGCUCUUCACUCCCCAGUAAAGCGUGAGGGGGGUGGUGAGAGAGUCGGCGACACAGCUAUUGUGGCAACGGCGGUGGUGAAGGCAUCAUCAGGCAUUGAAGGGAAGGGAGAGAGGCAGAAGACAAAAAGGGAAAGCAGCGGCGGCGCCGUCGUGGGCCGGUUCAACAACACUAUAAUGGGGGAGCGAGACAGGGACCUGGAAGAGUUAGAGGAGUUUCUGACAGCGGCUGAGGCAGUUGCAAACACUGAAGGAGGGCUGGCUGAGUUCUCUGGAAACGCGAGAGAGGAGGUCCCAGCCUCGGAGAGGGAUGAGCAGCACGACGAAACAGUGGACACAUUGCCGGAAUCAUAUGAGCUUCCCUCGCUGGAGGAGGUUAGCAAGCAGUUUCACGACCCAACUAUGGCACAGCUUUUUCUCGACGCCUCCAGCUUCACCCCUGGAGGCGGGGUGCGGGGCGGGGAGGGGCAAGAAAGUACCCCGGAUCCAUGGGCUGACUUGGAGGCGAACCACAACGCCAACGUGGUUGCCAGGUUUCCGCCUGGUACCGGGUUGGAGGACAGGGUGACGCUUCGUGAGGCCGUGGCGGUGCUAGGAAAGGCCGGUUUCAUUUCACUCGCCGUGGCCAUUGUGGAGUGCUACAGUGCAGUGGGCCAGUUCACGGAGGCGCGAGAGUUCGCGUUUGUCUCACUCACUCACUUUGCGCAGAAGCGCCGGUUGCGGCAGAUGGGAAAUGGGCUCGAGAGGCCGCUGCGCCUGGCGGUACUGCGAGCCGCACUUGCGGCGGGUGAGAGCGAGGAUGCUUACCGUGUAGGACUUCGACUCCUGCAGCAGGAUACCGCUGAGGACAAGCGCCAUGAAGUGGUGGAGCUGAUGCACAGCGUGCUGAACCGCUGCUACGAUCGCAGCUCCAUCCUAUACCGCGCUGUCGCAGACGGCUACAAUGACCCUGCGCUACUUGUGCUGCUGGCCAAUCGGUACCACCAAACGCGCAGCUACACACGUGUGCUGAAUCUGUACCUGAUGGCGCUACGGGAGAGACCGGUCGAUAUUCUGCUGAACUUUAUGGUGGGUCUCUCCUAUCUGUUCUGCAGCCACCGAAAGCGAACUCGGUCUCGUGAGGCGUGCGUGUCAGCGGCCAUCUACUACCUGACUCAAUAUCAGCAGCUUCGCCUGGCUCUGGAGCCGACUGUCGGGAUCGGGGAGGUACUCUACAACAUUGCCCGCACUUUACAGUUUCUGAAGUUGUACUACUUGUGCGUUCCCUUGUAUGAGCGAGUUGCGUACGACUUGUGCCAGCCUGAGGAGUGCACCAUCGCUCUGCAGCGCGCCGCGCGCGUGAACCUCUAUUUCGUGUAUCGCUGGGCCUCGGGAAAUCGAACGCUGGCACUGUCAGCCCUCCAGCCUCGCGGUGGAUCCAAUGGCAUGGCGGUGGUAUCAUCACGUCCGCCUAGCCCUUUCACUCUCAAGACGGACGGCGAAAUUCUUAACGUACAGGGACAGCGUACACCUCGAGACCAGGAAAAAGCGCGCGCGUGA